AAUCACAUGGACCUCCUGGCUCUAGAGCAUUCAUCACUUACUUGGUGCUUUCAAAAAGUUUUUAACUAUCGUCCUGGAGAACUGCUGCAACUCAGGAGCUGAUGGGACUAGCAGCAGUACUGCUGCAGGGACUUCUCAAGCCCGCCCCACUGUUUCAUUUGACUUUUGCCCAGCCUUUAACAGCAUCCUCAAUAACGGGAUGCUAGUGAUUAUGUUCCCCACGGUGAAUAGAGGGUAUUGUUUGGCUUUUCUCAGUCUCUCCCUGCUUGGCUUGAUCGGGAUGCACUUGGAUGUUACCCAUGGGAGCCCGACGGAAGAUGAGGAUUACUAUCUGCAGGAAAUUCUUAACCGGGAGCAUUACUAUUCCUUACGGGAGGCAGAAGAGCCUUAUUCCGAGGCAUCUGUAGCGGCACAACCUUUGGAAGAGGAACGCUCCAAACCCAGCAAGAAAGAGGUAAAAGCCAAAAAGGAGAAUGGAAAAGAGACAGAUAAGGCAGCCACUAAUGCAAAAACAGUUAAAAGUGGGAACAAAAAAAAUGAAAAGAACAAAAAGGGCAACUGGAAAAGCCCCAAUGGCAGCCAGGAAGGAGAGGUCCACUAUGAAGCUGUCAAAGAGGUGUGCCCUCCUAUGGGCCUGGAAGCCUUGGGCAUUGAUGACUUCCAGCUGCACGCCUCGACAGUCAAACGGUACGGCUUGGGAGCCCAGCGGGGGAGGCUUAAUAUUCAGGCUGGUAUCUACGAGGAUGACUUCUAUGAUGGGGCCUGGUGUGCAGGGAGGAAUGACCCGCUGCAGUGGUUUGAGGUGGAUGCCAGAAGACUAACCAAGUUCACUGGAGUCAUCACACAAGGCAGGAAUUCCCUGUGGUCGAGUGACUGGGUGAAGUCAUACAGGGUGAUGGUGAGCAAUGACAGUCACUCGUGGGUAACAAUUAAAGAUGGACUGGAGGACAUGAUUUUUCCUGGCAACACAGAGAAGGAAAUUCCUGUACUGAAUGAGUUCCCGGUUGCAAUGGUCGGCCGCUACGUCCGCAUAAACCCUCGGUCCUGGUACGAGGCUGGCAGCGUCUGCAUGAGAGUGGAGAUCCUGGGCUGCCCCAUGCCAGACCCUAAUAAUUAUUACCACAGAAGGAAUGAGAUCACAACCACAGACAAGCUGGACUUCAAACACCACAGCUACAAAGAAAUGAGACAGUUGAUGAAGGUCGUAAAUGAAAUGUGCCCUAACAUCACAAGGAUUUACAACAUUGGCAAAAGCCACAACGGACAGAAACUCUAUGCUAUUGAGAUCUCAGACAACCCUGGAGAGCAUGAACUGGGUGAGCCUGAGUUCCGCUACUCUGCAGGUGCUCACGGCAAUGAGGUCCUGGGUCGGGAGCUGUUGCUGUUGCUGAUGCAGUUCAUGUGUCAGGAGUACCUGGCUGGAAACCUGCGGAUCAAACACCUGGUGGAGGAGACCAGGAUCCACCUCCUGCCUUCCAUGAACCCAGACGGAUAUGACAAGGCCUUUGAAGUGGGCUCAGAGCUAGGAGGAUGGUCACUGGGACGCUGGACUGAAGAUGGCAUCGAUAUCAACCACAAUUUCCCAGACCUCAACUCCAUCCUUUGGGAGGCAGAAGCCAAGAAGUUGGUUCCAAGAAAGGUCCCCAAUCAUCAGAUCCCCAUUCCGGAAUGGUAUAUGUACGACAACACCACCGUGGCAGUGGAGACCCGGGCAGUGAUUGCAUGGAUGGAGAAGAUUCCUUUCGUGCUGGGCGGUAAUCUGCAGGGGGGGGAGCUGGUGGUGACGUACCCCUAUGACAUGACCCGCUCCCAGUCGAAGGCACAGGAGCAGACUCCCACCCCCGACGACCACGUCUUCAGCUGGCUCUCCUUCUCCUACGCUUCCACACACCGACUCAUGACCGAUGCCAGCCGGCGGGUCUGCCAUACUGAAGACUUCGCCAAGGAGGAUGGCACCAUCAAUGGGGCCUCCUGGCACACAGCAGCUGGAAGUAUGAAUGAUUUCAGCUACUUGCACACCAACUGCUUUGAACUGUCUGUGCAUGUGGGCUGUGAUAAAUUCCCCCAUGAGAGCGAGCUUCCGGAAGAGUGGGAGAACAACCGCGAGUCUCUGCUGGUGUUUAUGGAGCAGGUCCAUAGGGGUAUCAAAGGUAUCAUCAGAGACCCGCAAGGAAGAGGGAUCGCUAACGCCAUUAUAUCAGUGGAAGGAAUCAACCAUGAUAUCCAAACUGCUGCCGAUGGUGACUACUGGCGUCUCCUAAACCCAGGCGAGUACAAGGUGACUGCCAGGGCAGAGGGCUACUCCUCUUCCACCAAGGUCUGCGAGGUGGGUUACGACAUGGGCGCCACGCAGUGUGACUUCGUCAUGAGCAGAACCAACCUAUCACGCAUCAAAGAGAUCAUGGAGAAGUUCGGAAAGCAGCCCAUUAACCUCCCCGUCAGGCACCCCAGGCGGAGAGCACAGCAAAGGCGUCGACAGACAUAGGCAAGCCUUUCCCUGGAGACAGACUUCAAGUGCACCAUUGCAGCAAAAGGCUAAUCUUGUGUAGGAAUCAAAAGAGAAACAUAAUGGGCAGAACUGAACAGUAAUCUAAUCAUACACAGUACAGGUUACCUUAAUCAGAUUUGGAAUGGCCGCAAAUCCAUAAGAAUUACAAUGGAAUAUGUUCCCAUUAUUUUUUAAGUUAUUAUCUGUAUAACUAGAAAAUUGACAAGACAAUAACUAGAACAUAUGAGCUAUUCAUAUUUUAUUCCACUGCCAGGGAAGUUAUUUUUUUGUUGUUGUUAUUGGAAGUCAUAGGAAUUUGUGGCCAUUGUCAUUUGCGGAACCCAUUUGUGUGGAAUUAUAUGCUUAUUUUGAUCUUUCUUAAACAGCAAUUUGUUGCAUGACGUUUCUGCUUUGCUUUGUUCUUUAACAGAAAUAACUGCUUCUUCCCAAAUUCAGUUCUGUAACACUGGUGGUUUUGGAACUGGGUUUAAGAUGCACAUUUAUUGUGCAAGUGGAGAUUGAUGUGCCCUUUCAAAAAUAGUUUGUUGACAAACUAAUUGCAGCACGCCAAGAUGAAUGUCUUUUUAAAAAACAAAGAAUAUCCCUUUGUUGUUUUAAAUAAUCUUGACAGCAUGAAAUAUUAGCGAUGUGAGUUUUGGAAAGCUUGGAAACCCUCAAUAACGUGGCUUGAAACUGCAAUCAGUGAGUGAUAUACUGUACAAAUCUUGGUUGAAAAUUAUUUCUAAUACAUGUAUCACUUGUGUGUAUCUUGUACUGUAUAUUUUCUAAAGCUUCCAAGUACAAAAAACAAUGAUUUAAUACUUGGGAGAGUUACAGUAAGCCAGAGGUGGAGCAGAGCUGACAGAUAAUGUUUACAAUGGGGCUUGAUUGAAAUUGUCAACAGCACUUUUAUAGCUGAGAGAGGGAGUCUAAAUUGAAAGACGAGAAUUAGUAGCUAAGUAACCAUAAUGCCACGUUAAACAGUGCAACAUUAUUUUCCGUAAUGGGCACAUAGAUCCCUUCAGAGAUAAAGUUAUGUGUUAUUUCUUCUUCUUUGAAUGAGAAACUGCAUUGCAAACAGUUGGGUUCUGGAGAUCUGUUCAUUCGAAAGUGGACUGCAAUAUAAUUAGAUAGGAAGGAAAUCAACAGAGGGCAGCCUAAACAUCAAUGAGACUUAAUAUAAAUCGCACUUACCCAUCUAACUGUCCUAAUUACUAAAGGGUUUUCACACAGUUCAUUUCAAAUGAUUACAGUGCAAUUGAAAGGCUGCUGUUAGUUUCAAUGACUGCUUCUUGUAUCAGUUCUGGAGUGAUUGCUAUGUAUUGCAAAAGUAACUGUAUUUACUUUCAAGUCCACAUAUGGCUGUCAAGCUGUUAGUGAAACUGACACUUUAUGUACAUGCAUGGGUAUACUGUUUAGACAGUUUUUAGAGAGGAAUAUUUUGAUCUAAAUUGUUUUUAUAUUUCUGUUCAAAGACCUGCCUUUUUUAUUGAGUAAUUUUAUUCUUCACUGUGUUCUUGCACUUUAAUAAAAGCAACAGAACGCUGCUGUGUGUAGCUGUGUCCAUCUGCAUUAUGAAAUACAUUAUUCUAAGAGACUUAAGUUAAUUUUAUUUCUGAAACAUGGAAUACACUAGAUUGAAGAUUGAAGUCUGGUUUCCAUAUGCACUGUACAUCAUGGUCGAUAACGCUAACCAGAUCACAUGAAUGUAGUCUGAAUGUUGUAAACAGUCAAGCGGAACUGAAGACAGGAAAUAUAUUCAGUCUAGUGUUAAAAUGACUUUUUUUGUCGUUUUUUUUAGCGUUCCAGAUAGAUCCAGAUAAACAAGUGAUUAAUGUAAUGCUGUUGCCUAGUAUAGUUAUUACAUCAUUUAAUAGGGGAGACAAAACAUUUCCAUGAAAAUGAAAUUUUGUGGCCACCUGUAGUUAAAUGUUGUUCAAUUCAUAUUUAGCUAAAGUCAGUGGAAUGAUAGCGAAAUAUUAAAAUACUCAGUUUUCAGUUUGCUUUUCUACUUCAUGAAGUAUUUCUAGUGAUUGAUGAGUAUCUUGUUUUGAGUCUGAUUCUUAAUGGAUAGAGCUGUUUUUAAUUCUUUAUAUGAUUAAGUGGAGUAUAACCAUGGUUACACAGAAGAAAAAAAGUAGUAAAGCACAGUCAUUAGGAUAAUAGAGAGGUAUUUGCUGACAGUUGGGGGACACUUGGGGAUAUACGAGGGCAAAGGAUGGUGUCCUCCUGUACUGUAAAGCUGCCUGCCCUGUCCCUGAUAGGAGCUAACUGGCUGGUAUACUGUACAGAGCCACUGUAUUCCACCUUAUUUUUAAUUAUUUCCAUGCGGUUCCAACCAUAAGCCCCUAAUUACUCUGCAUCCCACUCACUCCUGUCACUCCCACCCACCUUCUCCCAGCAAAGCAACUGCAGGAAACUACAACUGAGGAACCUGCAAUUAUACAGCAGCGCCUUAUCAGACAAGCAGCUAUUGUAACCUUUCCAGGGGCUGGAAAUCGUGUCACACUUGCUUCUGACAAACAGUGGGCGUAAAGUAAUAUAAAGAGCUCUUAAACUAAUAUUGAUCUGUCCUGGAGUUUGUUUUUAUUACACUUUAGUUGACUGCUAAUUUAAUCAAUAUUACAUCAGCUGCUUUGAAGAUCUCCAGUAUUGCAAAUGACUUGGAAUCAACUGUUAUUAUUCAUUAUACAAUUAUAUAUUGUUUUUGUUAUGAAGAAUAAAGAUUAUGAUUUGAAUA